UGUGUGUGUGUGUGUGUGUGUGUGUGUGUGUGUAUGUCGUUAACGACCCUCGCAGCCACAGUCCCCCAAUCACUUCUAAACCUGGACAAAGGUGUGUGUGUCUUCUCCUGACGACCAUUUCACACACAGACUUCAACACACACACACACACACACACACACACACACACACACACCCCUCCGACAUCUUGGCUGUUUGUGGACACACAGAAACAACAGGAAUCAUCUCUUCUUCCUCGCGGAUCGGAUCAUCUGCGCACACACCGGGUGAGUGUCGGUUUGUGUGUCCACGUUCAGGAGUGCACGCUCGGUGAAGUUUGGCUGAAUUCCUCCGGUUUGUUACCGGGAGGGUUUGAUCCGUGUGUCCGUCAGCAGAGCAGUAAUGGCAGAACAUCUCUCCCAGAGCGAGCUGGACUAUCCAUUCAAACUUCUGGAGUAUUUCAACGGCUUCAGGAUCUCUAAGGUGAUAUUUUCCGCCUGUGAGCUGGGAGUGUUCGACCUCCUGCUGAAGUCUCAGGAGCCGCUGAGUGCCCGGCAUGUAGCCCAGGAGCUGAGCACCAGCGUGGACGGGAUGGAGAGGCUGCUGGACGCACUGGUGGGCAUCGAGAUCCUGGAGGUGGAGACCACAAAUGGGACAGCUUUCUACAGCAGCACUGAUGUGGCCAAUCUUUACCUGGCCAAAGGCAGCGGCAAGUCCCUUCAUGACAUGAUCAUCUACCAAUCCCAGACCAUCUACCCACUGUGGAACAACCUGGCAGACGCUGUCAGGGAGGGAAAGAAUCAGAAUGAAAAGACAUCUGGCGUCCCAGCAGAGGACGUUUUCCAGGCUAUCUACAGCUCUGAGGAGGAGAUGCUGAAAUUUAUGGGUCUGAUGAACUCCUCGUGGGUUCUCGACGGACACGACAUCGUGACAGCGUUCAAUCUCUCCGGCUUUCAGAAUAUAGUUGAUGUUGGAGGUUGCACCGGGGCUCUGGCCCGUGAGAUGGCGAAGGCAUAUCCGUCCUCCUCCGUCACCGUGUUCGACCUCCCUCAGGUCGUAGAAACAGCUCAGAAACAUUUCUCUCAGGAGAACGACGCUGUCGCGUUUCAAGCAGGAGAUUUCUUCAGUGAUGAACUCCCGCCCGCUGACCUGUACGUUCUGGCCCGAAUCAUUCAUGACUGGCCUGACGAGAAGUGCCUGACCCUGCUGAAGAAGAUCCAUGACCUCUGCAAACCAGGCUGCGGCGUCCUGCUGGUGGAGGCCCUGCUGUUUGAGAACAGACGAGGGCCCGUCAUGGCUCAGAUGUUCUCCCUCAACAUGUUGGUGCAAACGGAGGGCCAGGAGCGCCCGCCGUCCCAGUACACACAGAUACUCAACAGGUCCGGCUUCUGCAAUGUUCAGGUGUGCCGGACCGGCAAGUCCUAUGACGCCAUCCUGGCCAUCAAAUAAGCUCAGACUGACACCGAGGCGGUCGAAAGUAAAGAAAGUUGAACUUGAACUUCUCCUUGGACGGGUUGGGUGGUGGACAUGAAUAUAUAAGCCAGUCUCAACACACAUGGAUCUCCAGUUUAUGUUGUGGUAAACCCAGUAAUAUUUUAGAUAUCGUUAGUACUGAUAUACUCUCACUGAGGUUGCUGCUGGAUAAUAUUUUUGAUUAAUACUCGCCUCUCUGAGUAAUAUUGUAAACACAUUUCUGCAUCUUUGUAAAGAAUCACACCAAAACUUAAUUCGAGUCAAAUCACAGAAUAGUUUGACAUUCUGGAAAAUAUGAUUUGCUUUCUUGUCGAGAGUUAGAUGAGAAGAUUGAUAUCACUCUCAUGUCCGUACCCUGAAUAUGAAGCCAUAUAAAAUAACACACAGAAAGCUCAUUAAUUAAUAUUCUACAUCAUAAAAAACAAACAGACUGCUGGUUUUCACUUUACAUGAGAGUGGGCUGAAUUUACUGUUUCCUUAAAAUAACGAGGAUAACCUGUAAAUAAUUUUGCAAGAAUUGUUAGAUUUAUAAUCCCGGAUUAGUUGUUAUUAGUUUCUUCAUCUUAUUUUCACUAUUUUUAAAUAUUUCAAAUAAAUACUAACAACUUUUUACAGAUUAUUUUUUAGAGACGCACAAACAAAUAAAAAAGAGGGAGACCACAUAAAUACAUAAUUAAACUACAACAUCGAGUGAUAUCACUCUUUUUUCCAGUAAAUAAAUAUAAACUGCCAUGUUCAUUAUUAAAGAAUAAUGUGUGU